UCUCUGGGAUGCUUCUAAAACAACAUUUUAAUAAGUAUUGGUAAAAUUUCAAAAUUUCCAAUCAAGCUCGACCCAAUUUCCAUAGCUCGUAUACAUCGAUAGCAUGUUAUUAAUUUGCUCGGAAUGCAUGAAACGACCGAACUUGACAUUGAUCCUCCUACACCUUGCGCUGUCACUACUAUGACUGGAUUCCAUAAGCUCCAUCCACAAAGCGAGCGUGCAGUCGCCGCUGCCUGCCGCCUAGGUCAACGUUUUCAGCGUGCCUGCACGCUCGUAGUCGUAGAUUUUAAUUUAAAUCCGCCAACACCCUUCGCUCGCUCGCAUCCACAACAGCAAGCAGAUGAAAGCCCGAGACGACGGCGGCGACGCCGUCACUAUCUAUAGAAGACAACGCGCUUCGGACGGACAACGGACACCAUAUGGAUGCUCUGUUUGCUGUCUGUCUUGCUUGGAUGAUGACGCCAUCGUUUAUUAUCACAUCAACAACGCUGCUGAUUCGCGCGCGCGCGAUUUUCUCGGUUCCACCAGUUGUUCGUUGAUUUGGUUGGGUGUUUGAAACAAAGUUUUCGCUUUCUGGUACUACCUAUUCGACACUGAAACUACUCCUACGCCUCGAGGCGGCAUCUACCACAACGAAUUACAUGAGUGGGAUCUCGAGGUUUACUGAACGUGAAACUGCGAGAGAUAUUUCUUUUGGAUUUUUAUUGGUAAUACUGAACUGUGGUUUAUGAAUUUCUGAUUAUUGCAAUGUGUACCUUGUGUUAAAUUGACGCAACGCGUUUUUUUUUUCAUCUUUGUACUGUUACAAGAUUAGGCUAGAAGAAGUCUAGAAGAAUUUACGGAACUAGUUGGAAAAAAUAACGUUGUUGGAAUUCUUACCUAAAAAUGGCAAAUACGGUUAACGUUCCCAUUCAUCAGCCGGGCACGUAAAUCAACAACUUGUUAAAGGCAGGGCAAUCUGAAAAGUUUGAUUUAUGGUUGACCGCGCAAUUCGAGCAUUUACAUUUUCUGAUAUCUUUGCACACCGGAUAAUCGUCCUCGGCGUGAAAAAAAUCGCCACAAACCAUGCAUGUAGUGUCUAGGUAGCAAUGUAUCGUUCCGUGACCCCACUCUUGACACUUGUACAGGAACAACUAACAACUUUAAAAUAAUUUAUCAUAGGUACAAUUUUUGAAUCGCUAUUUAUUAGAGUUUUCAAUUUAUGUGUUGACCCAAUCUUGUUCUUCCAACCCGUAGUCAACUCCAACGACGUUAUAUUAUACUAAUGUUACUGUGACAUUUCCAUACAUCGCCCACAACUGUCGAUUGAUGAACCGGAAUUCGAGGAAUUUGUCUCAGUAAUGGACCCAUUCAAUCGGACGGCACGAUAUGAGGGGGCAGCUUGCAAUCAACAGGAAGUUUCGCUCGAUGCCGUCAUCGCUUUUCUUGGUGGUGAAUACUGAACUGAACAAUAUACACCUAAGCCCCCACAGAGAGCGCCAAGACUUGGAAUAUCUGGACCGACCGGCCCGACCGGGAAACCAAUCGCGCGCGCACACACCGAGUAAGGUGUGAAGUUGAUACGAUUUGUUGACUUAAACCGCAACACAGAAAUGGAAACAGACCCGGCAUCGGUUGGAUGAGGGGAGCCAUCACGGCAAGGUAAUGCUACCCAUAUUGAACACCCAUAAAAUGACGACGAUCGUCGUAGACUGUUUGUUGUUGUGACUUCAUUCAGGCGCGUACCUACGCUAGCUGCUGGCUUCCACCGACGACGACGACGUGACCAUAUUUAACCGCGUGACGCAUGCUAAUUGAAAUUGGAUUGAGGUCUUUAACGUGGCUUAUCAUUAACUUUUAUGGAGGAUAUCCAGUUAACUCGAUUAAGAUAGAGAUCGAAAAGUGGCGCAGUCUCGAUUAAUUAUCGCGCGCAAGUGCGGUUUACCGUUGCCGUGAUUUGCAUUUGCAUCUGCGCCAUGGAGAGGAUCCCUAAUGGAUUGGACAACACAGCGGCAAUGAGGAGUUUAUUUGUGCAUCAAUCAACGCAUCCUUGGAGAUGAUGAGUGGAAUAACAAAACAACUAUUAAAGAAUACUCAUUAUUCAGCACAUCUUAGCUGUGUAUUGUAGACGAUCAUCAUUCACCGACUAAGCCGCUGUCAACAGUUUCCUCCGAGUAAAGCUUUUCUCUAUCUCGUGUCUAUCACUGUCACAACGGGCAUUAGGCUUAUGCAAUUAACGGGAUUGCAGAUGUUUUCGAAUCCAGACACGAGUUGUGUGACAUUUCAGAAAAGCAGCACUGUUUGUUGGGUUAUGAAUUGUGGUUUGGAGCACGAUGCGCGGCUAGUCUUUAGUUGUUGAACAACAAGCAAUUUCACCGCUAUUCAACUACCUAUAGACGAACGACAUUGUAAUCAGCUCAUAGUAGACGAACAUUUCUAUUUGCUUUCUAAAAACUAAGCCUUGGGAGUCUUAGGAGUAAAUCUUGUUAUUCCCUGAUGGUGUACCAAAUUCUCGAUGCUUCAAUCUCAGAUUACCGUAGCUCAUCUCACUAUGCUGUCGUUUUAUACAUAGUUGUCCCACGUUAGUUUUUGACAGUGUUGACUUUUUUGGACCAGGCAUUCUAUUUUUACGUAGGGUAAUUCUCCAAUUGUUGAACACUACCCAAAUGUUGGAACAGUUUCUGAAAGUCGUUUUGUAAAUCGAACAUAACAAAUUCUCGCCUAACUUAACCGGCUAAUAUAGAACCGUAUACAGGGGAUAGACAGGCCAAACUUUCACUUUUUAAAAAAUGGCCAACUAGCUGUAACUUUUUGAAAUGUGCGUAGAAAAAUCUCAAAUCUUUACUGUAAGUGUAACCAGUGCUGAAAAUUUCAUUUCGACAUAUCUGAAUUCAAUCACCUGAGCGGUUCCAUAUCAUUUCAGCAACGAGUAAUUUUCAUAUAUCUUUAUUUGGAUGAAACCUUGCAUACAAGUCUUUGGGGGAGAAAAACGCCGUUUUGCAUACUUGGUUCGCCAUUUUAAAUCUAGCCUUACUUAUGAGAAGGGCCUAUGAAAAAUGCACAUGAUAUCUUCAAAAAAUUGUAUCUCGAAAACGGUUUGUCCGAUCGGUUUGGUGUCUUCGGCGAAGUUUUAGACAAUUGUUGGUGCUAUAUGGAGAAAAUAUGCACGGUAAAAAAAUAUGUUUGGUUUUUGUGAUUUGAACUAAAAUAUAGAUUUUCCCUCAAAAGUGACAUGUCAAUAUUUUUUUUAUUAUCCUUAUGUUAUAGCUGACUGAAAAUGCUACCUAGUGCACAGUGGGUUGUUCUGGAGAAAAAUAGGUUACAAUGAAAGAAAAAUGUUUUAAAAAAUUACGGUUUUCAAAAAAAGCUAUUAAGUAAAGUCAAAAAAGUUUGUCGCCCUAAUUUUAUGAAAGUACAUCAAAUUUGCAAGAAAAAAGUACUUCGGUAACAUUUUUUUAAGAUGCACCGUUUAGAAGAUAUUACUAAUUUAAUAUUGAUUUUUUUGAUAACUUAAUAAGUUUUAGCCCUUUUCGGAUGUACUCCGUGUUUCUCCAGUUUCAAAAGUAUUUUUUUUCGGAAAGAUUGGAAAAUUUUGAGUUAAAAUGACACUGACAGCUUAAAGAUUUGAGUGAAAUUCACUGCCUUAAAAGUAUUUUGAAACAAGUUACAAAAUCCCACUAUCAAGAACAAUGAUUUCUUCCAGUGGGUUUUAUUGCCUUCUGCUGAAAACGUGCUAAUAAGUAUUAGAUACAGGUAAUUAGAUACCAGUUAGCUGUACUACGUACAGUUGGUGAUUGUAAACAUGGUCUUUGUUGGAACUAGUCCACCAUGGCCACGCUGGCCCAGGCUUGUAAACAUUCGACACUUUUCACUGCCUUCGUUUCGUUGUCGCGGUCGGGUGUCAGCUUGCUUUAUUUCAUUCGAACGCGACCGCUACCUCUUACACACAACACAAGCGGCAGAACAAAGAUCAAUAAACAAAAAAGUGGAUCAAAUCAACGUAGUCUGACACGAUGACAUUAGUAUAAUUCCAGCUUUUCGCAAGAUUUCAGCCAAUUUUGAUUAAAAUUGGUAUAAUAUUAGUAUAAUAUUAGUCACCUUCCAUCAAACUAGACGGCUGCCGACUGAUACCUCAAUCAACAACCGCCGCACUCUUUAUUCAUUCCAGGUAUAUACAAUUUACAAUCUUCUUCAAUAACAAUAUACCUACGCCAGCAAAUCUACCUCGCUCCAACUCUCCAAACUCGUACCUGACGAUACCUGAGCGUUCAACUCUACCUAUCUUCCAGCAGUCUUUACCCAGCAUUCUAUGAUUUAUACCCGUGAGCUGUAUAAUAAUGUCUGACUCGGUUCUGAAUUCAUCCAGUAUCUACUAGGGAAAACCAAACAGUAAAUGCAGAAAGGUUGCUAGAAGCAUAGUGAUUUCAUAGUAAUUUCAGCUAAUUAUCCAGUGUUUUUGAACUAGAUCCAGUGUUGUUUGAUAACAUAAUAAUUGUAAAGGAAAGUGUAACACGUUUUGGUGCAAAGAUUACAAAAUGAGUAAAAUCAGAUGUAUUCGUCCAUUCAAAGACAUUCAGUGUUCGAAAGAGCUGCGAUAUCUCACGGAUGGUAUCAUCCAAAAACUGAAGUCAAUUGGAUUUUCCAAGGUAUCCACACUGAACACCAAGGAUUUUCGUAUUUGUUCGUCUUGCCGUCUACAUAUUGAUUCAAGAGCUCACCUCACCCAAAACGAAGAACAAAGCGUAGCCGGUGGCUCAAGGAUGCCAACUGUUCAGACCAUACCUGUUGUACCUGAUUCGCAAAGCUAUGAAAGUUUGGUCACGAUACCAUCAGCGUCAACGCUAAGCACAAUUCAAUCAAAUGAAGACUUCACGAUGCCUGUAGACGUCGAAAUAUUCAACCGAGGAAUAGCAGCUAUUCGUGUUUCGCCUAUAGAUUUAGGUAAGGUUAAAAAUGUUCACUAUCCUGAAAAAAAGUGCGCUGAAAUCGUCGAAGGUGUACGAAGAAAUCUUUUUAAAUUAGACGCUAAAACAGAAAAAGCAAACGAGUUUAAUGAAGUCAUAGAAAAUAUGAAAAUUAAAUUUUUAAAUUCAGCCACAAGGCAAGAAAAACUAUCAAUUUUAUCAUUGUUACCAAAAUCAUGGUCAGUACAAAAAAUUGUAGACGAAUUUAAAACUAGUAGAAAUAUGGCAUCAGAUGCAAGAAAGGAAAAAAAUAAUGUAUUAGAUUCAUCUCAAGGUUCAAGCUCUGGAAAAGCUUUGAGUAAUGAAACAAAAGAACUGGUUUUGAAUUUUUUGAGGACGAUGAUAUAAGCCGUGCAAUGCCAGGCCAAAGAGAUUUUGUUAGCGUAAAGACAGGAAAUAAGAGAUUAGCUGUUCAGAAAAGAUUGUUAAUGAUGACAUUAAGAGAAGCUUUUAAUCGCUUUAAUGAAGUGUACGUCAAUGUAAAAAUAGGGUUUUCAUCAUUUGCAAGCCUCCGGCCAAGGCAAUGUAAACUAUUGACUAUCACAGGAACACAUAAUGUUUGCGUUUGCACUACGCAUGAAAAUGUCAAUUUAAUUCUACAUAGCUUAAAAAAAUACAAUGUCUUGAAUGAUCUAAAAACAUUAACGAAUAGAUUACUUUGCGAAAAUAAGACAACUCAUUGCCAUCUACGAAGAUGUAAAAACUGCCCAGAUACCUCAGUUUUAGAAGACAGUUUAUUGAAACAACUGGAAGAAAACUUUGUUGAAAAGCUUUCAUUCGAACAAUGGGUUACCACUGACAGAUGUGAUUUAGAAACUAUUGUAAAGCAAACCGAUGACUUUGUUACAUUUUUCAGCUCAAAAUUAGAAAGUUUGAUUCCGCAUGAUUUUGUAAAAACCGAACAAUCCAAUUUUUUGAAAACUACAAAACAAAACUUGCAAGAUGGUGAAUUUUUGGCUAUUUGUGACUUUUCUGAAAAUUACAGCUUCGUUUUGCAGGAUGAAGUUCAAUCACACCAUUGGAACGUGCAACAGGCCACAAUCCAUCCUUUCGUAAUAUAUUAUACUGAAAAUAGGCAAAUUAAACAUUUUAGCUUCAUUAUAAUUUCAGAAGAACUAAGACAUGAUUCAGUCGCUGUUAAUUUGUUUAUUGAUAAAAUGAUGAACUUUUUACAAAUUGAUCAAAAUAAAAACAUGAAAAAAAUUUAUUUUAUGUCAGAUGGUGCUGCUUCACAGUAUAAAAACCGAAAAAACUUUUCUAACCUUUGUAAGUUUAAGUCAAAGUAUGGUAUUGACGCUGAAUGGCAUUUCUUCGCAACAUCGCACGGAAAAGGUCCAUGCGAUGCUAUUGGAGGUACGAUAAAACGCAUGGCUACCAGAGCAAGUUUAGCCAAAGAACGCGAACACCCGAUAAAGACUGCAAGAGAGUUGUUUAAUUGGGCAAACAAACGAAAAGAAGAAGAACUUACAAAGUUCUCAUUUUGUUAUUCUACUACAGAAGAAUACGAAAAUAUGUCUUUGCAGCUAAAUAAUCAAUAUAAUAAUGCAAAAACAAUUCAAGGAACUCAAAAAUUCCACUCAUUUCUUCCUCUAUCAGAAAAUACAAUAAAGGCAAAGCUUUAUUCAAACUGCCCUGACAAUGAUGCCAAAAUAUUCGAUAUUGUUAAGAAAGUUGUGUAAACAAUAAUUUGAUAAAAAUACAGGAAUAAAAAUAAACUGAUGUACAAAGUAUAAUGUUAUUUUUUAUUGCGCACAAAUACCACCACUCAAAUCUUUAAGCUGUCAGUGUCAUUUUAACUCAAAAUUUUCCAAUCUUUCCGAAAAAAAUACUUUUUAAACUGGAGAAACACGGAGUACAUUCGAAAAGGGCUAAAACUUAUUAAGUUAUCAAAAAAAUCAAUAUUAAAUUAGUAAUAUCUUCUAAACGGUGCAUCUUAGAAAAAUGUUACCGAAGUACUUUUUUCUUGCAAAUUUGAUGUACUUUCAUAAAAUUAGGGCGACAAACUUUUUUGACUUUACUUCAUAGCUUUUUUUGAAAACCGUAAUUUUUUAAAACAUUUUUUUUUUCAUUGUAACCUAUUUUUCUCCAGAACAACCCACUGUGCACUAGGUAGCAUUUUCAGUCAGCUAUAACAUAAGGAUAAUAAAAAAAAUAUUGACAUGUCACUUUUGAGGGAAAAACUAUAUUUUAGUUCAAAUCACAAAAACCAAACAUAUUUUUUUACCGUGCAUAUUUUCUCCAUAUAGCACCAACAAUUGUCUAAAACUUCGCCGAAGACACCAAACCGAUCGGACAAACCGUUUUCGAGAUACAAUUUUUUGAAGAUAUCAUGUGCAUUUUUCAUAGGCCCUUCUCAUAAGUAAGGCUAGAUUAAAAAUGGCGAACCAAGUAUGCAAAAUGGCGUUUUUGUUCCCCAAAAACUUGUAUGCAAGGUUCCAUACAAAUCAAAAAAUACAAAAAAUAAAAACUGGAAAAAUUUCCCACUUGUUCGUGGAAUCGCUCACCUACAUUUUCGCUCAUUUUCGAAGCUGUACCUGAGAAUAUGGUAUAUGAAAAACUUGUGUGGCUAGACCAGUUCUACAAUAAAGUCACGGAAAAACUGUUCUUUUUCGAAUAUUUAAGGUAAAUGUUAUGGAGUAUAUUAGAAAAAUGCCAAUUGAUAUUCACCAUGAAUAUCAAUUGGCGUUUUUCGAAGGUAGUCCGUGACAUUUACCUUAAAUAUUCGAAAAAUAACUGUUUUUCCGUAAUUUUAUUGUAGAACUGGUAUAGUCGUACAAGUUUCUCAUAUACCAUAUUCGCAGGUUCAGCUUCUAAAAUGAGCUGUAUGUGAUUGAAUUCAGAUAUGUCGAAAUGACUUUUUCAGCACUUACUGUAAGUUGAUCAACUAGUUGUGUAUCAGUGGUCCAAAUUUGGAGAAGAUCGAGCUAUUCUACCCGAAGCUAGAAAGAUUCUAGAAAAAGGUAUAAUUAUCCGACAGCCAACUUUGAGCUGCUAUAUCGCCGGAUUUAUUAAACCAAAUGCAACGAAAUUUUGAGCGCUUUGACUAAUAUAAUGUGCUAUGGAAAACUUUUGACAUAACUUAAAAUUGUUAACACGGAGGAAAAUUAUAACGACCGGAUAUUAUUUCAAAAUUCGAGAUGGAUAUCUAUUAUUGUUCAUUUAAAUUCCUUUUAACCCUAGUAGGAUGUUGGGGUGAAUCGUUGGGCGAAAAAACUAACAUCUUAGGAAGGACACUGUUUCUUGUUUGCAGGCUUCUGAGCGGAGAUAAGAGCAACUGAGUGUAUCUGAGUACAAGUGAGUGUUUUCAUGCUUGCUCAUGAAAAAAACUUGUCGCUGCUCUUCUCGAAGAGCAAACUUCCAUUGCUCCUGCUUGCUUUAUUUUCUGCCGGUAUGACUAGCGUAACACGUCGCAAUGCAUUUCAGAUUUUUUUUCGAUUGUACUGAUAUUUUUUUCAAAAUUUUUGAAAAAAAAUUUCGGUCUUAAUUAGCAAACGCAAACAAAACUACUUCAAUCGCAAUGAAGUCACCCACCAAGUUUGAACAUCAAGCUUUGUGGCAAAUGUUGGCAGCUGUUAUGAACAAAACAAACAGCGUUGCCGAAUCGACAUAUAUAGCUUCCGCUCAUCUCGAUGUAGAGGUUUUCUAGUCUCAUGGUGUUUUAAAGGUUUUCAAAGGCGUUCCAAGUGUGUUCCAGAGCAAUUCAGGUGCGUUUCAGGGGGGUUUCGUGUCGUGAGUUUAGUUGCCGUUUCAGGGAUAUUUCAAAGGAUUACAGAAGCGUACCUAGGGUUUUCAGAGGGAUGUGUGCUCAGGAACGUUGCAGGGGUGCUCCAGGUGAUUUCAGAGGCGUUCAGGGGUUUCAAUGGUGUUACAGGGGAUUUCAGGGGGUUUCAGGGUAUGUCAGUGGUUUUCAGGCGGUUUCAGGGGCGUUUCGGGGGUUUUCAGGUCAGGGGUUUUCUAGAGUUUACAGGGGUGUUCCAGGUAGUGUUGCAAAGUAUCAACAUCAACUGAUAUUUCGAGCUGAAAUUAGGAUAGACAACCACUUAUUUUUCUAUUUGCCGUUGGCAUAUCAAUUGGCUGGCUUCUGGUCAUUCAAUUGACACCAACCCCAGCAUCAGUCAAGACUAUCCGACGACUGAUAAUCGGCUCAUAUCAUCCAACUGAGCCACAGAAAGCAUGUAUAAAUUGUGGUAUCACAGGUGUGAAGCUUCGUUCGUCAUUGAUAGUGUAUAACCCGAUAUAAGCCUUCCAUUGACCUGUAUUAUUUUGGUCACCAAACCCAACAUAGACCCAACAGUUAACCGAUGUGGGCCCAACGGUGGUCCAAUGUUAGAUAAAAGGAGAAUGUUCACAUUCGGUCCAUCCCAUGUUCACGAAUGACUCAUACCUUAUCUGAAAGGUUGCAUCAAAAUAAGAAAAAGUCUCCUUCAUGGUCUCCUUUCAGAUAAGUUAUGAGCAGAAUUAGUGUACAUGGGAUGGACCCACCCCGUACAGUAUUACCGAUUCUCCUUUGAUCCGACAUUUGAUGUUUUCAGUAUGGUGUAAUUUUUCAGUGCCUAGCUAGUCGUUUGAAUGACAAUUUAACCAAAUGGCAAGGAAUCGCUUCUCGUUUGAAGAGUGCUCUGGUUGACUGAAAUCAUUUUAAACAUGCAAACAAGCAAAGAUGUCUGAAAAGAUGGUUGAUUACUGUUUAAAUUAAUGAGAUAAAUUUUUCGAACACUGGUUCCAGUGGGUUUCAGAGGGUAUCAAGUGGGUGUUCCGGGGAAUCUCAAAGAGUUUCAGAAGGGUAAAAAUGUUUCCAAAGCUUUUCAAGCAUUUUCAGAAGAGUUCCAGGGAUGUUCCAAAGGGUUUUAGGAGAUUUCAGAAGCAGUGUGUUUUAGGGCGUUCCGGAAGGUUUCAGAGGCGUUCUAAGGAUGUUCUAGGCUGCCGUUUUACGCAUAAUUGUCCCUUUUUGUAUGCAAAUCUCUAUCUACAUGGGACAAUUAUGCGUAGAACGACAUUAGGGGUCUCAGGGGCGUUCUAGGGAAUUUCAAUGGGUCCCCUCAAUAGAACGGAUUUUUUUUUGAAAUCCUCCUGAAAUUCCUUGAAAAACCUUGAUACGCUUCUGAUACAUACUCCCUGCUUCUGAUACAUAAACUCCCAAGAAACUUAAAAAUGAAACUCUGACAUAUUUGUAAUACAGUCAUUGCACUAUUAUGGGUCACUCUGUCACAAUUAUUUGUCAGUCAGUUCUCCAUGUUAUUCAAAUGGAAUUGAACCAUAAUUGUGGGUGACCCAUGAUUAAGCUAUGACUGUAGUUACAUUAAAAUAUCAACUACCAGUGUAAACCGUUCAACAAUUAGCGAGAACCGGUCAACAUUAGGAUGAGCUAGCUUAAGUCUUCAACGUUUAGGAUCCCGACUUUCGCAGGAAAAAAAACCGUUACAAAUGUUUUGAUUUUUCUUAGAAAGUGGAAUUUAAGGAAAUUCACAUUCAAUAGGGCAUGUAAGAAAUGGCUAGACCUAGAUGAUCACUGGGUAUUUUUCUACUACCGUGGAAUUAUGCACGGAAAAACAAAUGAAUUCUACUAGUAGAUGCUCAUAAAUUGACGAAUUACCAUAUAUUUUUAGAAACCUCAUCAAAUAACAUUGAAUGCUCAGAAAUCACCUAGUCUCAACAGCAGCUCGACAGGAUUUAAUUCAUCGUAUAGCUACAAGAUUUUUGAUAACAAAUUUUAGCAUAACCGCAUGGUAGAUUUAAGAAUAAACUUUAGAUUUUAGACACUGUAAAUACUAAAUAUAAGAAUAUAUCAAACGUGCAUAAACAUUCCAUCGAAUUCACAAUUUUAGCAUUAAACUUAAUCCUUACAUAAUAACUCCACUCGCUUUGCUAUAUGCUCAUUUUAUUGUUUAUAACAUAUUAUGCCAGUACUGAUGGAAAGUGUGGUGUGAAUGAUAGUCCAUUGCAGUGCUACCAGAACGACAGGUCUUGUCGUUACAAACAUACUUUCUGCGAAGACUCUACAAAAAGCACGACAUCUCAAACUGUUCUUUUGAGUUAAUCUCGCUAGGACCGGUCUACUAUUUAAACCUCGUCCAUAAAAAUGUUUUAAGUGUCGAUUUUCUGAAAGUCCUCGUGAAAAUAAUGUAACAAAAAUGCAUUUGGCUGCUCAAAUUGAUGAACCUCUCAUUAGAUGAAGCCACAUGAAUUUUGACGGACUCUUCGAUUUUGGUCAAUUGUUGGCUCAUUUCAGCUGUUCACGGUCCCUUAAUGCACGCCAAAACAAAAUGUUAUUGAUAAGAUGAAAGAUGGACAUACUAUUUACAGUUAUAAAGAGUUGGGUAGGCCAUAUUUAAUUCAGCCGCCAUCUUGAUUGUUUAAAGCAUAGGAUCCCAAACUUUUCGGGUGUUUAUUCGAAAAGUCGGUCAAAUUUCACGCAAUCUAACUCGAAUCAUGUGUUCAAAAUAUGAUUAAGCAGAAAGCUUUAAAAUUGAUGUGUACAUAUGUAACUUUAGAAUAACGACCAAAAUAUUUCAAUUCAUUUUUUCGCCCACCGGAUCAUAAUUGAGUUGUCCAAAAAAAAAAGUCUCACGAAGCCUACUGCAAGCCUAUCCAUAUAGGUGAGAACAAAAGAUGUCUACAAAGUUCUUACAGAUAGAUUAACACAGGAAAUCUGAACACAAACCACUACCACACAGGAAUUUGGAUUGGUCAAUACGCCAUCAAAGUGCAACGAAGAUAUCUUUCUCUGUGGUUGUAAAAUUAUGGUAAGUUUCCAGUUUCCAAGUAGAGCGCUCAAGUAAAAUUCCUCCUUUUUCCGUAAGUAAUUUUGACAUUUGUUUAACCGACAGCAUUUUUACGAAACGAUGCUGUAAGAAGGAUGUUAAGAAAAAAGCACUGCAUAUGGCGGUUGCUAGAUAAAUUGUUCGUUGUUCGUGUGGCGUUUCGUGGCCUUGUUGUUUAUGAUUUGGACUUAGAGAAAUUUUGUUCGUUUCCUCAGGAAGUGUGAUUGAAAUUUAAAUUUAAUUUUUGCGCGCGUAUGGGGAAAAUCCAGAUAGUGAGAUUUUAACGCCAUGGUGUCAAAAUCUCGAUUAUUAUCGAACUUUCAUGUACCUCGGAUUUUCUUCGGAAAUUGUUAGUAUUUGGGCUAAACAUUCAUAAUCGUAAGACGAGAAAAUAUUUUAUCGGUGAAAAUAUUCCCAUAUAUUUUGUAUGGGACGUUUUUCGUUAAAAUCAGUAUUUAAUUAAUUUUAGUAUAGAAAAUAGCCAAAAACUUAGAUAAAUCAAAAUUUCCCCGAUGGAAUAUUUUAAAACUUUCCAAUGGACUACCCGCUUGGCGCACACCCACAGUUGAUCAGCAGGAGUUAAUCCAUUUUAUUUUAUAUGGUGAAAAGCAUCUAAACUUGAAUUACUUGAAAUAGAAAGCAUUUACUGGAAAAAUAUUUGGUACGCUUAAUAGUAGUCACCAUUGUGCACAACCACUACCAAAUAUGUUUUUCGAAUAAUGUAUUCCACUUCGAUAAAUUUGCCUUUAGACGCUAUUCGCCAUACAAUAUUUUUGCGAUUUACUUUUAGCGAUUUUUCGCGCAUAGAAGCUAGCGCCACAUUGGUCGAUGCGGAGAGUAGGGAAACAGCCGAUGCAGGUAAUUAAUUAUAAAGUAUAGCCAAAAUGCUGACUUUCUGUGAAGAAAGAUCCGAGGUACAUGGAAGUUCGAUAAUAAUCGAAAUUUUGACACCGUGCAACGGAGUUCCAAGGAAAAUGCUAAUGAGAGACGCUGGGAUUCUGAGGGAACUUUUAAUGGGUGUGUGAAGAAUUAGCCUAAAUUAAAAUUCACAAAUAAAAAGAAAUUUAAAAAAAAACUUUUAAUGGUAUUACAGCGAGAACUAUGGUUGGAUACUAAUUAUAAAUUCUGCAAUAUUGGAGUUCGGACUACGGUGGGAGGAAUUCGGCUGGGACUCUGACGGUUACCUUGUGAAGUUUUUUGAUGAAAUACGAGGUAGGACAAAGCUUCACGGGGAAUUUAAUGGAGAUCCACGAAAGAUUUUUUUGUGAUGAAUCUUUUGGCAUUCCGUACGAAGGUUUUUGUUUGGGGUUUCACAGAAAGUCCUCUUGAAAUUCUUCCAGAUGUUCCACCGAAAAAUCCACCAGAAGUUCGCAGGGGAUUCUUAUAAAAUGUCUCUGAGAUUUUCAUUAGAAGUUCUACAAAAAAUCCCUCCGUGAGUUCCUUCUAAUUCAGGAUUUAUUUAUUUUGUUUUUUUUUUAUUAUUUUGGGAUCUUCUAGGAGUUCCUUCAGGGUUUUCUCCAGAGGUGUUUUCUAAGAUUCUACCAGGAGUUUUUUCGAACUAUUCUACAAUAAUUUCAUCCGAGAUUUCUUAAGUAUUUUUUAUCCGGGGUUCACUCAGAUAUUUAUUCGGAGAUUGCCGCAGGAAUUCCUUCCGGGAUCAUUUCAGGAGUUCCUUCUAGGAUUUCUAUAGGAAUUCAUUCUUAGAUUCGUCCUGGAGUUCUUUCAGUGAUUCUUCCAGGAUUUCUUUCUAAGAUACAACUUUUUCAGAUUCAUCUAGGUUUUCUCUGGACGUUUCUCAUGUGAAUCCUCAAAGAAUUCCUUUUGUAAUUCCUCUAGCUUCUUCCGGGAUUCCUCCAGGAACUGCUUCAAGGUUUCCUCUAGGAGUAAAUUUAUGGGUUCCUCUCAUAGUUUCUUCUGGUAUUUCUCCAGGAUUUUUUUCUAAGAUUACACCAGGGGUGGCAUCAGGGACCUCUCCAGAAAUUUUACCUGGGGUAUCUUCCGGGAAUUUUUCAAAAGUUCUUUCCAGAAUUUCUUCAGAACUUCCAGACUCCUGGAAAAUAAGUCAAGGUUCUUCCAGGAGAUCCUUCUAAGAUUUGUCCAAUAAUUUAUCCAGGAUAUCCUUCCGGGAUUCCUCCAAGAACUUCUACUGGGAUUCCUUGCAGAUUACAUAUUCUGGAAUUCAUUCUGGAAGUUUCUUAAAUUUUGCUCAUGGAAAUUCUCCAGAAGUUUUUUUAUUCUUUAUGGAAGUACUCCAAGACUUGCUCUUGAGUUCCUUAUAAAAUUCCUCCAACAGCUUCUUAAGGAAUAUCUCCAGCAGCUUUGCAGGGAAUAUCUACAUGAGCGAUUUCAGAGAUUCUUUCAAUAGUUUCUUCUCGGAUAAAAAUCUGAAGACAUUCCAAAAGGUUCUGGAGAAAUCAUAAAAAAAACUCGUGAAAGAAUCCCUGAAAGAACUUCUAGAAUAAUUUCAUAGGAAUCUUCUGGAGGAAUCUCGGAAUGAAUUUCUAGAGAAUUCUUUGAAGGAAUCUCUGAAGGAAUCCCGUAUGGAGUUACAGGAAUAAUCCUGGAGAGAACUCCUGGAAGUUCUGAACAAAUCCUAAACAAAUUGCUGGAAUAAUAUCUGAGGGAACUCCCUUAGGUAUCCCAGAAAUAACUCCUGGAGCAAUCCUGAAUUAAUUUCGAGAGAGAUCUAGGAUGGAAUUUCUGGAGGAAUCCCAAGCAGAAAUUCUGAAGGAAUCCCAGAGCAAUUCUCGUAGGGAUCUCGGAACGAAUUCCUGGAAUUCAGAAAGAUUUCAUAAUUAAAUGGUAAAUGACUAUUUUUUUACCAGGAAUAGUGUAUUACGUAAAGCUAAUACUAUACAAAUUUCAUCAAAAUCGGUUGAAUAUCGGUGGAGAUAUCGUUCAAACAAGAAUUUUGCCAUUUAAGAAGUUUGAGCAAACGAACGUUCUAAAAAUAUCACUUCUUCGCCGUUAUAGCUCUAGAUUCAAAAAUACUGAACGGAUUCCAAUCAAAACUGUUCUGUAUGUAAAGUAUACAUGUAGGAAUAUUGUGUAAAAAUUUCAUUCAAUUUGAUCUAGCCGUAAUAAAGUUAUAGCCGUCGUGUAUGUGGCACAAAGUCACAAUAAGCAAAAAUGUUUUUUUUUUUGUAUCGUGACAUUCACACAGUUAUAACUUGAAAAGUUUUCAAGCAAUUUGGCUAAGAACAAUUUUAUAAUGAUUUUACAGUUUCAAAUGCUAAUAAAAAUCGGAACAGUCAUGACAGUUGUACAAACAAAAUAGUACACACGGAAUAAAAUGGUUAAAAUGUACCUAAAAUAUGCCUUGAAGCGAUUUGAGUUUUGAAUACUAGAAAAACGUAUUGAACCGAUUUAAAGAUUUUUUUUUACCAGUUUAUUGAUAUUCUGUUAAGAACUUCGAGUCAAAUUUUCAGACGUCUUGACAAGUUACAUCAAAAUUAAAGCCUUUAAAAUUUUUAAAACGGAUGAAAAAAUUUGCUAAAAUCUUAUUUUAUGAUAUUAACAAUAUCUGCGCCAAUACCAAACUGAAUUUGUUGUCAUUGUUAUGGUAUUAGCUACACAUUAUAUAUUAUUCCUGAUCAAAAAAUAUUUGAUUUUGUGAACGCAAUCAAAAGCUAUACAUUAUUUUCUGUGUCCAAAUUUCAUCGAAUAUGAAAUGAAAUGAUUAUGAUGCAACAGUUUUUAGGAUCAUUGUCUCCUCAUCAGCUAAACUCAAAUGCUAUGUACUUUUUUCAAUAGUCGAACUAUUUAUAAACAAAGUUUUGGGGUGUCUAUAAAUUUUUAAACUACGUAACGGCAAAUUAUUCAACCUCAAGAAAUUCAAUCUCGUGUUCAGAUGCAGCCAUGCUGAGGGACGACGGAGCACACAUUAUAGAGCGACACGGCUAAAUACUAAUGCACACUGUGAACGCGCAGGCGCGAAAGAAGAAACACAAAGAAAGAGAAAUGUCCCUUUUACUCACGGAAUAAUACAUCGACAUAUUAUUCCGUACGGAAAAUCAACAACAUGACUGACAGCAUCGCAUGACAGUGCCAUCUGUUGGCAAAUCUUUCUGGCUGUGAAUUACUUAUCAACUGCGAACGCCUAAGUAAUUUUGAUUGCAAAAGUUUUACGUGAGCAUUACUUGUCCUAUCCUUUUACACAGUACUUAUCAAGUGGAAACUAGCCAGCAGGAAAUCCACGCACACAUUUGCCUGCAUUUUCCCUGGACCGAAGACAGCUGUUUUCAAUCCAGCAAUUCAUGGCAAUAAUUGAGCAGCUUUUGCUGCAUUCUCCAGCAAUGAAAUCCAACUUUGAAGUGCCACAGAGGUUUAGUGGCGUAUGUAUUGAAGGUUGGUCCAACAAGAAAAUCUGGCAUAGGGAAAAUUCAGUAACAAAUUUUGAAAACGACGUAUAAUCCAUGGUGUAGCAUUGAUUAUACGUCGUUUUCAAAAUUUGUUACUGAAUUGAACGGAGAUAAAGGACAUUUCAAGCAUAACCUUUCAAUCCGACGUAACUCGAGAAUGUAAACAAAUCCGGAUUUACUGUUGCAUGCAUGAUUCAUAAAGCAAAUUAAAGAAUCUACAUCACUGUUUGAUGAUUUAUUGCUUAAUUUGUUUAACUAAGCAUAUUUUUCGAAACGACGUAUCUAACUAUUUUGAUGUUUACAACUUUGCUGAUAGAUACACCGUUUUAAUAUAUGAGAAAACCAAACGACGUAUCUAGCCAAAAUCAAAAGUAACAGAUACACCAAACUGGCACCAUACAAAAGCGACGUAUCUGGCAUGACGUAUCUCGAACCAACCCGGUGUAUGUGUAACGGGUGGUCACUAAAUAACGGGAAUGCUUUGAAUGUGCUCUUAAAAAUAUAUGAUCUUUAAAAAUGGCAAUCUGAAUUUAACUAUCAUAAAGGUUUAACAAUGUACGUCCAAGGAAAAUAUAAAAUUUAAGAAAGUUGAACGUAGUAAUUUGUACAGUAUUUUUUUGCAGUGAUGUUGGAGCAACUGCUUUGUACGACUUUUCAGAGUUUACUUUCACGCAUUUUCUGCGUCUGUGAAACCGUUGGUCAAAAUAAAUGGUUUCUCAGCUACCUUUAGCAUCUACACACUCAAACAGUAAUAAGAAAAAAUGGGGAUACUGACUUGUUUUUUUUUUUGCUUUGGUUGUAGCCUUUUCCCGUAAAUGACAUUUAUAGAAAUUUCCAAAAAAUGUUAUUUUUCUGUAUCACCAAAACGUGUCGAUGUAAUUUGUGCACUGCGGUUCAUUGUUGAACUUUUUUUGUGCUAUUUUUUUUAUAACGAACCAUUUGCAUGUUGUUCAAUGUGUAAAUGUGAUUUGAUGUAAAUAUUUGUUAUUUAACAAGGCAUUCUAUUGAUUUAUCCAGCCCAUGUCACAAAAGAAGAUUUUAUUAUGUGAAAUGAUAUCAUGCUUAUUGGUUUUGCUAGUUUUCCUCUAUUUCCUUCAGGAUCUGUUUCUUGGGAUGCCGAAAUGUGGAAUUCAUUCAAAACCGGGCGGGUUCUAGUUUUAUAAUGGUUUACUAUUAACUUUUUUUACGGUUGUUUUGAGCAAUCAGUAGAGCCGUCCAAGGCGUUUUGGUAGUGCUUCCUGUUUCAAUGUCGUUUUCUGCAGAACAGAAUAAGUUGACACAAAAUAAAAAAUACGCUGACUUUGUGGAUAGAUAGACGAUGGUUUUGUCUAAAAAAUGUUUACUCUAUGGACGCUUCUAUCGUUUUUAAUCAGCUGCUAAAAGCAUUCCCGUUAUUUAGUGGCCACCCGUUAUUUUUGUCAAAACUCAUUGUGAAAAUUAUAUGGAAUGAGUAGGUUUUGUUUCUUACCUAGUGCGUGCUAUAUCCCUGGUGAUGUUGAACACGAAAAAACUUAUGAAAAGUCUUUUUAUAAAAAAACUAUUUUAGUGAAAUGGUCGUCAACAUUGACCAUGAAUUUACUCAGAUCAGUGAAAAAGUUAUAUACGUCGAUUUGAGAAAUUAUGCUUGAUUUCGGCUAGCUGCUGCUCCCUUCGUCGUACGCAAAACGAGAAAAAAUAUCAACUCCUUACUGGAGUGAAAUUGAAACGUGAUAUUUCGCGUAAUUAUUUUAUUUUCAGUACUAGAGGGACUGGUUAUUAAGAGUCUUUCUGCUUCCAUCUGAUGAGAGAUUGGCUUGGCAUAGGUAAGUUGGAAUAUCUGUAAUUAUUGGAAAUCUUCCGCCUUAUAUGACGAAGUAAAUUUCUACCCUAUGUAUAUUUUUAUCUUAAUUCUUAGUUGAAGUUUCAAUGAAAGCCGUGAAAGAAUUUUUAAAAGUGCUUGAUAAAUUUGUAGAGGCAAUCGCCCAGUAUGGAGAUCUUUUAUUUCGGCACUCUGCAUCACUCAGUACUCAAGACUGAAAGUAAAUAAAUAUUAGCAAUAUUUAGCAAACUUUUUUUCAAGAGAACUUUCGGUUCAUUCAAUACGAUUCAAGUUACAACGAACGUACAGCUGAACGGCAAACAUCGUCUUCGUCAGUUACGAUUCUUAAGAAAGGUGACUUUGCCUUAUCUUACCGCACGUUGCUGAUGAACGCCACAUUAUUGACUUUUGUUCACCCGAACAGGGCAUAUGCUUCACCGUUUGGAUGGGCAACUCUCUAGCUUGUGGGGUGUGAUAAUCGUUCAGCCGCAGCAAAAAGCAAAUACACACAAUAACUGUGCGCCGGAAGAUUUCCGAUAAGAAGUUACCCUCUUGUGUACACCUAUGUCAUCGCCGCUUUUAGAAAGCGAAAAAAGUUGAGCUUCUCGAAAUCGAAACUCGAUGAUUUGCGUGUUCACCUUAUGGAAAUUACACUUACCGAAUGGAGGAAGAUGCGGGGGCCUUUGUGAAUGGACGAGAAUCGAAUAUUGAUUAGUCUACCAGCGAGAGCAUUUGGCAUGGACGUCAUAUUCGUUACGAAUGAUAACCGGGAGGAUCUGAACGACCCAAAAUUCGGACGUUGCUCCAGUCUAUACUAAAAGCUGAAACAAAUCCAAUAUUCUUCGAAUGGUAAAAAAAUGACAAUUUCGACUGCAAGUAGGGAAGAGUGCUAUAACAUACAACAAAGGAGUAAAGAGGAUCAAAGUGGAAACACCUCAUGCAUCCCUUAAUGAGGAAUCCUGAUGUUCACCGAAAACUUUGAAACAAAUUCACAAAUAUGUUCGAUCCGAAGGUGGAUUAAUCUAAUUUACCUUCUAUUAAUAAAAUACCAAUUCUACCAGGUAUAUCGUGUUGGAGGAUUAAUACGAAGACGACGAAUUUCGCGCCAACUCGACUAGUGGUUGGCAACACCCUCUCAGAAUCGAAUGAAACUUGGUGGGCAUAAAGACUAGGUUCUUAUAAGCAACUUUGCAUACUUAAAUUUUCGAAAAUUUUCAAGAGUAACAUUUGAAGAGGGCCUAACUUUUUUUCGAAGAAUUUUUUAAAAUCGAUGUAACUCAAAAAUGACAAGACCUAUAGAAAAGUGUUGUAUGGGGGACUUUUAGAGAACUGUCCAAGCUUUCGUGAAAAAAUAUUUUAAAAAUUCUUAAUACAUUUUUACACACUAAAAAAUAUAUUUUUAAAAUUAAAAGUCAAUUUACAGAAAAUGCCCACUUUUUUAUGUUUUGAAAUUUUUUUUCCAAGAAAGUCAAUAUUGUUGCCUAACUUUCCUCCAUACAUCACAAGAUGGGCACUUUUAAGGAAAAAAAGUUUUUCUAACAAAAACUUUUUCAUGUUAUUUUUUUUAGCGUGUUGCGCAUUAACUCGUACAGGAUGUAUCAAGAAUCCUUAUACCCAUUUAAUAACACUCAAUGGGCAUUACAACUUUGUUUGAUUGGGUGCCUUCUUUUUCUUGGCGUUACAUUCCAAAUGGAAUAGAACCUGUUUCUCAGCUUGUUUUGAUAUCUGAAUGCUUAAAACAGUAUUCUGUUUGCUGAAAUUGUAUUAUUGUGUGCCUAGAACCAGUGAACCAACAUCAUUAUUAGAAGCGAAUGAUAAAGAAUCGGUUUUAUUUCAACAAUGGCUAACCACUGAUCGAUGCAAUUUGGAAACUAUUACUAAGACUAUAGACGAGUUUGUUCCGUAUUUUGUAGAAAAAGUUGAUAAGCUUAUAACUCAUGAUUUCAUUUAUAAAGAACAAUCCUCAUU